CUCAGGUAUUCUAUACAUGUGAAGUGAAGAUUUGUAUAUUAAAAAGAUUAUCUUCCGCAGUGGGAGUGUCAUUACAAUACCUUGGAGUAAUUUUCACAUUUUUGUCGCUGUUGUUGCUGUGCUGCCGGACAACGGAUCCGUUGCGAAAAGACUUAUCCUCGGACUCGCUCGAAUAUUAUUCAUCUCGGCGGCUAUGGUUGUAGCCAGCAGCGGUGGUUGGGUACAAAAUGCCAGUUCGCCCGCUGGGCAGAACAAUUCCAACCUGAGCCAAAAUAAUACACAGAACAACAACAAAAUGACUGCCAAAGGUGUUCUGAUCUGUCGAGACAAUUCUCAUCCCUUCCAGGAGCGUACGUUGACCUUGGAGCAACCUGUCAAAAUCGGUCGUUCGGUAGCCAGGGCAAGAGCCGCGCCAAAUAAUGCGAUCUUCGAUUGCAAAGUACUGUCUAGGAAUCAUGCAUUGCUGUGGUAUUCCUCCGGUAAGUUUUAUCUGCAAGACACAUGCAGCAGCAAUGGUACAUUUGUCAAUAAUCAAAGACUCAGUGCCUCGGGGUUGGAGUCAACACCCAAGGAGGUAUGUUCCGGGGACAUAGUGCAAUUUGGAGUGGACGUUGUAGAAAGUACAAAGAAAGUUACCCAUGGAUGUAUAGUCGCUACCUUAAAAUUAUAUCUGCCGGAUGGAAAGGAGGCUAAGGCUAGUCUCAGCACCUCUGUUAGUUCACCUGCUGGAAAUGUAUCUCUCGAGGAUCUUUAUAAGCUUAAUCAAGUAAUGCAAGAAGCUUCAAGGCGAGAGAAAGCUCUCUAUUCUAAAUUGGGCUAUCUGCAACAGUUAGUGGAAAAUACUCGUAAAGCUGCCAAUCAAUCGUGGAAAGCACUGAUCACAGAAGACCGUCUGUUGUCGUGGGUAAUGACCGUUGAAAGUCAAUUAGCGGUUUAUUCUAAAAAUUAUACUGAGGACAAGAUCAGAAACGAAUUAGCGAAGCUUCAGGAUGAGAAAGCGCAAUAUCAGAAUGCGGCUAAGGAAGCGUUACAGAAGAUACUGCAGGAGAAACUGGAGGUUACUCAGAGAUUGGUACAAUUAGAGGGACGUCUGAACGAAACGGAGGAGGAGUGUCAAAGUUUACACAAUGUAGCCAAAUAUACUCAAACGGAACUUCAGGAACUUAGCGCGAAAUACGCGGAAACUCAGAAGAAACUCCAAGAAACCACCAACAAACUCUUAGAGAGCGAGGAGAAGAUGAAGGAUAUGCUACUUAUCGCGGAGCAGGAAAAACGGGAUCUCGCGAAACGGAUUGAAGAUCAAUCGAGAAUCGAGAAGAACUUGCGAGCGAGAUUGCGCGAUUCCCGAUUGGAUUCUGUUAAUAUUUACAAGCAGAUUACCGCCUUGAGAAAUUAUAUGCAGACUUUGCAGGAUAUGAAUUCAAAGCUGGAAGUGAGCGAGAAUUUCGAUUCGAAGACCGACGAAAAUCCUAUAGAGGCUAUAAAUGCUAUUCUCAACAAAUUGAAUUCCAUUCAUGUCGACAAUAUCGAAAUAGAUAGCGAUAUCAAUCUUUACUUCUCUAAGAGUGAGCAGGAUAAUCAGAUCAAUUCGCCGGACGCGGAUACGAAGCAAUUGAAAUCCGUCAACUCCGACUUGUCCUUCACCAAAGAUCAGCUGGACGAUCUGCAGACGACAAUCGACGACAGCCUCACGGAAUAUAUCUUGCCACCGCCGUCGUCUAGAAGAACUUUGGUCAACGGAAACUUGGCUAAUCUGGAUUCCAACGGCGACUCGGACACAAACUCGGAAGCGACCGACGACACGUGCAGUAUUACGAACGAUGACAGCGAAAAGUCUGUUAUAGAGAAUAAAAAGGAAGAGCUAGACACAAUGGAAGCGGAAUUGAAGCAGAGCAAGCUGGAAGUUCGAUUCGCUAAUGUCGAGAACGAUCAACAGUUGGAAGUGCAUCGCGAGCCAACGGAACAAAUUGCCAAAGAUGACAACGACAUCGCGGAGAUGGGAGAAACAGCAGCCGAAGACGUACCGGACAACUCAAUCGUCGACGAUACGAUAGACAACAGACGCGAUGAGACAGCGGGAAAUGAACCCGUCGCGCCGGGGGACGGCGAGUGCGAAGAGCGCGUAGAAGGGGAUUACAUCAAGACCUUGAAACCUGUCGUAAAGAACGACGCAGCAAUGCAGCAGGCUUACUCGAGCAGGGACUAUAUGCUACAGACAUUAAUUGGCUCUUUAGAUUCGUUAAGAAGCGAGGACAGCUACGAGGCGCAGCGAACGGUUAAGAGGGAGAUGGAGGAGCUGAAGGACUGGCUGAUCCGGGAGCCGAGCGAGAUCGUCAUCGACAAAUUGCGGGAGCUGUAUUAUCGCGUGAAGAACGACGCUCAGCGUAUUCAGGAGGUCAACGAGGAGCUGGUUAUAGUGAAGGAAAAAUACAACGCGUUCGUCGAGGAGAAAGCGGAGCUGUCGAAAAAAUACAUGUCGCUCAAGGCGCAGUGUGGUGAUUUGCUGAGCACGACUUACACCGUGCCGAUACAUUAUGUGGCGCCUAUCGCGAUCAUGCUCGUGUGGAUGCUGUUGGAGAAAAUAUUCUAAUCUCGCGUCUCUGUCUCUCUCUCUCUCUCUCUCUCUUCUUCUCCGCGCGUCCAAUAUUCUUUUCUCAUAAUUAUGUAUAUACGACACAAACGCGUUCCAUCUCUCCUCCUCUCUCUUUGUUUUUUUUUUUUUUUCCUUGUAAUAUUGGACGCGACUGAAAUCUCAUCGAGAGGACAAUCGGAUUCAGCAUAAGUAUGCGUAAAUUUUAUUCUCGAUGCAAUUUAAUGUUUUUUAUACGAACAAACGCUAAGAAUUGUACAUAUAUAUAUAUAUAAUUGUUUAAUUUCCCAGUCCGAGUUAAGGACAAGAAUUAGGGAAGUUUCUCGUAACGAAUCUUGUAAGCGAGCUUUGUAUGGGCGUUAUCACGCAUUACAAGGAAGGAUCAAAAUCAAAGAUCGGGAAAGAAAUACAUCGGAUAUCGAAACCAGAAGCCUCGCAACUCACGCUCUCUGGAAAUUACAUGUGGAGGGGGGAGGGGGAAUGUAGAUACGAUAUCACGUAAAAUGUUCAACAUGCUGCCAAGCUGCUAAGUAUCAUAUCUCGUAAUAUAAUUCAAAUCUGGAUUCACGAUAUCGUGUAUUUCGUUGUAACAUUUGUUUAUUUAAAACGAUACGCGUUUUUUCUAUAAGCGCGUCAGCAUAUUAAAAGAUUAAAGAUUAAGUUGUAUCGUUUGCGAGCUUACGAGGAUACUCUCUUCGCAUCCGCGUCUCGAGUGCGCACAUUUUUCGAUCGUGAAAUACUUUAUAAAUAAUUUGUACAUAAAUAAUUAAUUGUAGAAGGCGAGUCUGCGCGCGAAACGAUACAUACUCGAUAUAUUCGGAUAUAUUCUAACACGCUUUUUUUUUAAUUUCUUUAGUUGAGAGGCCGAAUUAAGACGAAUGCGUACUUUUGUAAGAGAGUGAGAAGGGGAAUCUUGAUUGCCGCGUUCACAUAUAUAUCAACAUACGUAUAUUAUAUGUUACAACAUUACUCUCUCUCUCUUCUAAUCAUAGGUUCAUUAUUCACGAGUGAAAAUUUACCGCAAAGCGCAUCGUAAUGCGAGAUGAAUCCCGGAUCCUUCCUACUGUAAUUGCAUAAAGAUAUCUUUUUAUCGUCUCUCUCUUUCUCUCUCUCUCUCUCUUCUUUCUAUAACUGAAUAGCGUGACAAUACAAAAGCAUAUCUGUUUGAGCGACCUAAUAAAUGAUAAGUGAGUACAUUUACUUUUUGGAAAAAGAAGAAAAUUUUUCCGCAUUCAUAGUAGACUAUUCUGUCGAUCGUUGAGGAAUGACCUUGAUAUCCUCUACCUAAAGAAAAUUCCACGAUAAUUGUAGUUUUCUAAUCGAUUCUUUUGAUACGAACGUGUGACGCAAAAAUUGACAGUAUUUUCUUAAUUCAUUAGUUAUUUAGAGAGUGUGCCAUCGCUCGCAGCGCGCAUCUACUUCAAUCGCAUUAAUUAAAGAAUUAUUCGUAUCAGUGCGUCGCGAAAGAACAAAAAUCUACGUGAUACACAUUUUUCAAGAAAUAUGCGAGUGACGAUCGUUAGGCUCGAUCUUAAUUUUCUUGACGGAUUAAGAGACGUAUGUAUCACGGAUUUAUCAAAGUAAAUAAGUAAACGAUAGAUAAAAAUACUGUACAUAAUAAUGUUGAUAUAAUCUUACUACCGAUGUAAUAGCCGUAUUAUACGAAAAGGGAAAAUAAAGAUAAAAGUUAACUUAAUUCAAAUUGAGAAA